GGAAAAUUCCGAGAGAGAGAUCGAAUUAAAUACAAUUUGUGUGUGUGUUCUUGUGCCCCAACUGUGAUCAAUCAUAUCAUCAUUGCCGAUUAAAGUACUUUUGCCCCUGAAAUCGCCUAAAAAUCGAAUGGAUAUCAAAGCCUCGACGCCGCCCGCCCUCGAAGUGGCUCCUCCCGGCCAGCCAGGAUCGCCAGGAGGCAGUGGUGGUCAAUCCAACUCCAACUCCUCCUUGGCAGCCACGACGCCCAACAAUCCAACCGCCGCCACAUUCCAGCACAUCUUCGAGCAGCUCGUCCAGCAGGGCGGCGGCAACCACAAGCUGCCGCCCAAGCAGCUGGAGCACCUGCGCCACCUGCUCGGCAAUGUGAGGGAUGCCAAGAACCUGCAGAUGAUCGUGGAGAAGUUCAAGAACCUCGAGCAGUUCCACGAGCACUACGCCGCCCACCUGGCCAACAACAACACUGUGAUUUCGGCCGAAGAUAGCAACGACUUGCUAAAGGAUAAUGCCAGGAAGUUCGGAUCGGGCGGACAGACGCUGACGCCGCGCCACACAAUCGAUGCCAUUCUGGGCCUGAAGAAUCGCAAUGUGAAUGGCACUGGGAAUGGGAAUGGUCGAAAUCCGGAAAUGGUCAGCGAUGGCGCCAUGGACCCCUCCCUGGGCGACGAGGACGCCACGGAUUUGCGCUGUGGCAUGACCCUGACGCAGCUGCGCAGCAUGGACAAUCACAUGGCGAGCAUGUUGCAGCAGCACGCAAAGAACGGUGGUCUGCCCUACGGCCCCCCAACUCCCCCGGGGGGCGGAGGUCAGCAGCAGCAGCAGAGCCCCCACAACCCCCCGAAUGCGACGCCCCUGCACCAUGGACAGCAGAUGGCUGUGGGCCAGCCGACUGGACAUCCCGCGCAUCCCGGCCACCACCCCUCGCAUCAUGGACAUGCGCCCUUUGGCUAUCACAAUGCCUUUGGAUUUGGCCAGGCGGCUCAUGGGUACCAUGGACAUCAGGAGGAGGCGACGGCGGCAGCGGCGGGUAAUUACCUCAACUCGAUGCACCAAAUGGUGGAGGCCAAUCAAUUGCAGCCAGGAGCCUCUGGAGCUCCCCAUCCUCCGCCCAGUUCCUUUGGCAGUCAUCAGCAGCAUCUGGCCGCCUUGGCUGCUCAGGCUGCGCAGGAUAAAUACGCCAAGUCAUCGCCCAGUGGAGCGGGUCCUCCUGCUCCUCCGCCUCCGCCUCCCUCGUCGACGGGUUCCUCCCCCUACUUCAUCGCAGAAUCUCAGACGGCGCCUGUUGCCCCGUCGCAAAUGGGCUACGACGAGCGUUCAAUGUCCUCGGCCAGCGAUCUGGAGGAGGACGACGAUGAUGCGGCAAAGUUGCCCCUCGAUGUGACCUCGCCGCCCACUCCGGCGCCUCGCAAUCCCCUGGCGACCGCGAUUAAACGCAAGUCCGCCGGCGUCUUCUGUGAUGAUAAUGAGCCGAAAUUAGCCAACGGUCAGUUGGGCGCCAAUUAUGGCAUUAGAGCGCGCAGCCUGGAGGAGGUGCAUCAUCAGCAGCAGCAACAGUCGCAUCACCAGCAGCAACAGCAACAGCAGAGCUUUCAGCAUGACUUUCGCAACAGCAGCAAUGGCAAUCCCAGUGGAAACAGUGGAAACUCCGGCGAUCAUGGCGAGCGGCUAAAUGCGGACAGCGAUAGUCUCGUGAACGGCAGUUGCGCCUCCAGCGAGGAUCUCAACCAGACCAACAGCAGCGAGCAGGGCGAGAAGAUCACUUCCGGCAGCGACGAUGAGGGCCAAGACGAUAACUGCGCCAAGAAGAAACACCGUCGCAAUAGAACCACCUUCACCACCUACCAACUGCACGAACUUGAGAGGGCCUUCGAGAAGUCGCACUAUCCCGAUGUCUAUUCCCGCGAGGAGCUGGCCAUGAAGGUGAACCUGCCGGAGGUCCGCGUCCAGGUGUGGUUCCAGAAUCGUCGCGCCAAGUGGCGUCGCCAGGAGAAGUCGGAGAGCCUUCGCCUGGGCCUGACCCACUUCACUCAGCUGCCCCAUCGCCUGGGAUGCGGUGCCUCCGGACUGCCGGUGGACCCGUGGCUGUCACCGCCACUGCUCAAUGCCCUGCCAGGCUUUCUGUCGCAUCCGCAGACGGUGUACCCCAGCUAUCUGACGCCUGCUGAGCCUGGCGCCUGGCAACCUGACCAUGAGCAGUCUGGCGGCCAUGGGCCAUCACCACGCCCACAACGGACCACCGCCCCGCACGUGGGCCACGGGGGGCAUGGUCAGCCGCAGCCACCGCCGCCGCCGGUGCCGCACGGAGUGCCCCACCCACACGGGGGCCACCAUGUGGUGCCCCUCUCCCACCUCUCGCCUCACCUGUCACGCAUGUCGCCGCAUGCGACGUCCUUGGGCUCCCCGCACCACCCGCACCACGGAGUGACCCCACUGCACAGCAACAGCAACCUGCCACCGAGUUCCACGGCCACCACGGCGGCCGUGGUCUCAUCUUCGCAGUCGUCCUCCUCCUCCGCCUCGCUGGAGUGCAGCGGUCCGGAUGUCUGCAUGUCGCCGCAGAACCUGAGCCUCGGCAAUGCCGACUCCGAUGGCCGGGAUCUGAGCAGCGACCUGGAUGCCGGCAGCACCAGCAGUAAUCCUGGAAGCAGCCUGGACAAGUGUGCCGCUAGCGCCAAUAUCGAACUGCUCGAUGUGGGACGUGACAGCCCACCUCCUCCUCCGGGGGGUGGAAAGAACAACUCCUCCGGCUCGCCACCGGCGGACAUGCGGAGCAACUCGAUCGCCACGCUGAGGAUCAAGGCCAAGGAGCACCUGGACAACCUGAACAAGGGCAUGGUCUCCAUUGUCUAGCAAGAGAUGGAGAAUCCUCCCAACUAAGUUCAGCUCCAAUCAAAAGCCAUUCCUUACCCAUAUCCCCAUAUCAUCUUCUAGGUGUGUCCUAAGUUUAGUGAAUUUCGUGUUGUAAGAACUAAUUUCAGAACGGUUAGAUGGUUAACUUAACAUGUGCAAAGUGUAUUUGUAAAAUUUCAAUUAAUUCCAUGAAAAACGGCUGAUGAAGAAGUCUAUUCCUAAUGCAUAUUAGCACAAAAUAAAUACGACAAGUUUUA